AUGGCUCUCAUCAACGGCACAUCGACCUCUGCUUUCCUGUACUGCACGUCGCCCCCGGUGACGCAGACGCUGUACACAACCGUAUACGAGACUGUCCUGCCCGCCGCCUGUGAGACCAGCAAGUGGAUGGCCACCUACACCGUCACGGAGACCUGCGCCGGCAACCCGUCCGACUACGUCACGCCCACCAUCCCCCCGGGAUUCGUCGUCACUACCGUCAGCUGCCCCGUCUGCAAGGGCCCAGACGAGAUCACGAUCACUUGCCCUGGCGCCCAGGCAACCGGCAUGGGCAAGCCCACCGUCAACAUCAGUGGCAACGGAGUCACGGCUACCAUCACUCCCACGCCAUCCCCCGCUGGUGCCCCCGGCCAGGGUGCUCCCGCCGCCUCCACGCCUACCGGAGGUGCUGCUGUGCCCCCAGUUACUGCUGCUGCCCCUGGAAGUGGAAGCGGUGCCGCCCCUGGAAGUGGAAGUGGAGGUGGUGCUGCCCCUGGAAGCGGAAGUGGUGCUGCUCCUGGAAGUGGAAGCGGUGCUGCUCCUGGAAGCGGCUCUGGAAGCGGCAGCGGCGCCUCGCCCGCUCCCGGCAGCUCCGGCGGAUCCAGCGGCGUGCCCGCGACCAACGCCAACAGCCCAGUGCCGGGCAGCAACGGCACCACCAGCAGCAACCCUGCCCCAGUCACAGCCGGUGCCCCGUCGCUCACGACGCUCACGAGGAGCAUGUUGGUUGGUGCUGGUCUGGCCUUCAUCGCAGGGCCCUUCUUCCUUCUAUAG